AUGGCGAAACAAAACUGGAAGAGGCGACUGAGUGCUCUGCCUCGUCUUCGAGCCGGUGGUGAGGUGCUGACUAGAUAUGGGUCGUUUGACCUGUGCUUGGGUUUUCAAAGACACUUUUCUCAUCUUUUGAAUAAGCUAAAUUUUGAGUCAGUGAUCGCCAAGUAUUCAAAUGCAGCACCAAGCAACUUGAAGGAAUUGGAGGACAGGGGAUGUGUAAUAUUGCAUGGGGUGGAUGUCCACAUCAUGAAACAGCACCAUCUUCUAGUUAAUCAACUGUUUGAUCGCAUAGUGUUUAAUUUUCCUCAUGCUGGUUUCAUUCACAGGGAAGAUGAGAAGAGGCAGAUCAAGGUGCAUCAGCAUUUGGUGAGGGGAUUCUUUGACAGUGCAUGUAAAAUGCUGAAAGUAAAUGGAGAAGUUCAUGUGACUCACAAGACCUCACAUCCAUACAAUGAGUGGGAGAUAGUGAAGUUAGCAAAAGAAUCUGGGUUAUAUCUGGUUGAGGAAGCAUCAUUUUCAACGAGGGAUUAUCCCGGUUAUAUGAACAAGAGAGGAAGUGGGAAGACAGGGGAUGUGUAA